UUCUUCCAGAUUGUGAACCAUGGGUUAGCCCCGUGCUCAUGGAUAAGGCUCGAGAGACGUGGCGCGAGUUCUUUCACUUGCCUAUGGAGAUUAAACAGCAAUACGCUAACUCGCCCAAGACUUAUGAGGGAUAUGGAGCAGGCUCGGAGGUUGAAAAAGGCGCUACUGACUGGAGCGAUUACUAUUUCCUUCACUACCUUCCCUUGUCGGUCAAAGACUACGACAAAUGGCCUGCUCUGCCUGCUUCUUCCAGGGAAGUGUUUGAUGAGUAUGGGAGGGUGGUGAAGCUGUGCGAGAGGUUGAUGAAGGUUCUGUCUGUGAACCUCGUGGACGAGGAUUUUCUGCAGAAUGCUUUCGGAGGACACGACGUAGGAGCGUGUCUAAGGGUCAAUUUCUACCCAAAAUGUCCCAAGCCGGACCUCACCCUCGCCUCUCGUCUCACUCCGAUCCCGGCGGGAUGGACUCUGCUGCUGCCGGACGCCGAGGUUCCCGGUCUCCAAGUUCGUAAAUUCGACACCUGGAUCACCGUCAAGCCCGUGCCUCAUGCCUUUAUUGUCAAUAUUGGGGACCAAAUACAGGUUCUAAGCAAUGCAAUAUACAAGAGCGUGGAACACAGAGUGAUUGUGAAUUCAGACAAAGAGAGACUUUCACUGGCUUUCUUCUACAACCCCAAGAGCGACAUUCCCAUUGCGCCGGCGAAAGAGUUGGUGACGCCGGAGCAACCGCCUCUCUAUCAAGCCAUGACCUUCGAUGAGUACAGACUAUUCAUUAGGUUGAUGGGACCUCGGGAAUCUCAUGUUGAAUCCUUGAAAUCACCGAGGUGAUUAAUAUUAUAACGGUUUUUAAAAUUUACAUCCCUUGUCAACCAAUAGUCCCUUGCAUUUGUAGUAAUUUAAUUCACUCACAUAGGGAUUUGAUCAUAUGUAAAAUGCACAUAAUUAAGGUAACAAUAGAUUCACAGGUCGCAUUUUGAUUUUCAUUCAAGUGCAGUCUAGUUGUAGUUUUGUCCUUUUCCGCUUUAGUUUGAACAUGAAAGAAUUUAAUUA